ACGGAGGAGAGGUGUGUCAUACUUAUUCCUUUCAUACAAAUAGUUAUUAGUGAAUUUACUUUCUAUGGUCAGUUGUCAGUAGUCCUUAGUUGCUUGCACUUAUACAAGCACAAUUUAUCUCGCUGCAAAUAACCUUCAUACUCUCCAAGAAACUUUCCAAAAUGAAAGCAAUUCUCCCUCUGAUUGCCAUUACGGCUCUGAUCUUGGCGAUGGAAGUCCGUGGGGCUAAAAAAUUGUCAAUCGGAGAAGCUACAUCAUUCUGCGAAAAGGAAGUUCCCAUUCAUUGUGUCGCAACCACGUGUCCGCUCUUCUGCUCUACCAUUCGCACCGCAAAACAGAAAGCUAGUUGUGCUGCAGAAUGUACGAAAGAUAAGAGGUGCAAAAUUCGCCCCGCUGUGGGAUCCGAUGAUCCCAAAAACAUGAUUCUCGACGCUCAAAAUAGGAAUCAGUUAUGGGCUUGCAUCGCAGAAAUGAGGGACCCGGCAGGAACAUCUACUGGCCGCCAAAUGACGCCAUGGAAGGAAUUGGAAACUACCGAAUUCAAAAAGGCCACUGGUCGUUCAUAAUUUUGACAAUCUAGAUACAUGUUUAAUUCCGUGGCAAGAAAACCGAGUAUUUUAUUCCGAAAAGUAUUAAACAAUUAAUAAAAUUCUAUACCUUUUGCAAUGUAUUCUUUUGAAAGGUUAAUUUAAAAUGGUUUGAGUGACAAGGCAUGACGGACGUGUCAAAGUUGUAUAGAUUAAUUUUGCAUUCAAAAUUAAACCCCGUGAGGUACGCGCAUACAAUUAGGUCGACAACUUGUAUUAAAUAAGUACGUAUAAUGGAGUAUUAAUGAAUAUUCAUAUUCAUUCCAAUUUUGAGAUGCUGAAUUUAUUAUCCAGAUUUAAUUUGUUAAACAUUAACUUAACCCAGAGAGAUUUUACUUUUGUUUUGAUUCGGCACAAGUAGUUUAAGAAAUCUUAUAUAGCACAAAUGUAGCAUAACAAGAAAUAAGUUAUAAAAUCAUUCAUACAACAUUCAUGACAUGAUAUUAAAAAAUGUAAUGUGCAUAUAUUUAUACUUACAUACUUGUACAUGUGACAUGUAUGUACUUAUUUCGACCUGGACCAGCAUUACAUCAGUAAAUAAUCAAUCAAGUCGUGCUAUUUGGUUAAUCACGUAGUCACAUUUUUACUCGUUACAUUUGGACUCCAUACUUGAUAGUAUUCUUUCAACUGUAACAUACAUACACAAGGAUGUGCUUAAUCUUCUGGAUAAGCCAUACCCAUGUACUUAGCUAUGGUCCAUUGCAUUGAAAACUAAAAGAGGUUGACCGUUUACUUAUUAAUUGACAAGAAUCAAUUUAAUUCAUCGUCGGAUCUGAACAAAGAGGAUAAAGCACUUACAAUUAUCGAGUACUGCACAAUUUAGGAAUCUGGAUUUCACCACAUUACCAGAUUCUGAAAGUCUGAAACCACAACUUUAUAUAUAUCAUUUUUACAUAUUAGUGCGAGGGUUUGUUAAUCAAAUUUGGAGAUAUGUAUGAUUCGACUGUAUGUAUGUAGAUAUUUAGUUGCGAAUAUCUUUGGAUGGAGUGACUGGAUUAAAAUUAGUAAUGAAGUCAAUGUAGAAACACGUACGUGUUCCUCUUAAUUAUCACGGGAUUUAGUUAAUUGGGCUCAUUAGUCUGAGACCAGGCUUGGAGAAAGACGACAAGCUGUAUGUUUUUACGAGUGAUUAUAGUGAAAAAACAAUUUUUUAGAGAUUUUUAAACCAAAAUGUCUUUGAAAAUGGAAUCUCAAUUCGGAGGCGGUAGCCUAUCAUCGGAUUUGGACACAAGCCCGAGACCACUUUUUAUUGAGAUGGCUCAAUUGAGCUUGCGAGAAAAUGGUCCUGUGCAAUGGCGUCAGGUUGCAAGAUGGGUGAAAUAUGAGGAGGUGAUUGAACAGGGUGGGCAACGUUGGUCAAAGCCUUUUGUGCCAACGAUUCAGUUAAAUGCUGUGAAAGAAUUGAGGAGUGUGUUGGAGACAUCCGUGAUUCGUUUAAACUUUGAUUGCAACUCUGAGGAACGAGCUUGCCGGACACUGGUUGACGUAUGGGUCAGCCAAGGCAUGAUUCAGGAAAGCGAACGGAAUAAAGUCCUUCAAGCUUUGCUACGACCCCAUAUUCAUCUUUAUGAAACGGUUUGGUCACUUCCGAAGGCCAACAAGCUCUUUAAGAAAAAGAAGGGAAAGCCAAAUGCACGAAUUUCUCGAGCUCCAGCCCCAGAAGAGACUUCGGACCCCAGAAGAUUUAGAAGGAGUAGUAUUUGUUCAGUCGUGUAUGUGGACCCGUCUAAAGAAGACAAAGAAAAAAAUGUACAAUUCUUACGCAAAAUACCAGCAAAUGCGGAAUCGGCAAACAUCAUGGUUGGUCAAAUUGCAGAACUUAAACGACCCGUUGGAGCAUUUCUUCGAUUUGAAGAUUCUAGAGUUCUUGGAAAUCUAACAGAAGUUCCAGUCCCAACAAAAUUUAUUUUCAUCCUCUUGACACCCCCGGGUUUUGACCACUAUGAGAUGGGCAGAGCUGUUGGAACCCUGUUUACAGAUCCAAUUUUCAAAGAGACUGCAUAUCAAGUGUCCAGCAAAGAAAAACUAUUUGAAGGAAUCGACAAUUUUAUGAAUAAAGCUGCCAUACUUCCACCAGCAACUUGGGACAAGUCUAUUCGACUCGAACCACCGCAAAGCGGAGGAGGUGCAGGGCACGGAGAAAGUCAUGGAGCAGAACCAGACGCAGAUUCUGGACUAGCAAGAACCGGCGUCCUUUUCGGUGGCUUGUGGAAAGAUAUUCGUCGAAAAGUUCCAUGGUAUUGGUCCGACGUUAAGGACGCUUUGUCGCUGCAAUGUCUUGCCACUUGGAUGUUUCUGUACUUUGCUUGUCUCACACCAAUGAUCACUUUUGGAGGCUUGAUGGGUCUUGCCACCCAUAAUUCGAUGGGUACAAUGGAAACGAUGGUAGCUGGCUGCGUUUGUGGAAUCGGAUUUGCUCUUUUUUCAGGACAGCCAUUAAUCAUUCUGGGCUCUACGGGACCAGUGCUUGUUUUCGAAAAGAUCCUAGUAAAUUUUUCAGAGUCAAAUGGGUGGGACUAUCUCGAGUUUCGUUUAUGGGUCGGAGUAUGGAUUGCCGUAAUCUUGAUAAUCCUUGUGGCGACAGAUGCAUCUGCGCUGGUAUCGUACAUUACAAGAUUCACAGAGGAUAACUUUGCAACUCUUAUUGCCCUGAUCUUCAUGGUUGAGGCUGUAAAAAACGUAAUGUUAAUUGGUCAUACCCAUACUCACGAGUCAUCCUCCAACAACUCAUCUCUAGUUGAGAAUGAAACAAUGUGGAACUGGGAGAAUGAAGUAGAUCACGGAAAGGUCGAGUCUGACAUAACUCUGGCACUACGAGAGGAGUCCAGUCGCUCCAUUUUCCUCAUGUCCCUCUUGCUAUUUGCCGGCACCUUUUUCGUAUCCUCCAUGCUAAAAGAAUUUCGAGUAUCACCCUUCUUUCCGACAUGGUUCCGCUACAUUGUGUCAGACUUUGCGGUGAUCCUGGCAAUUGCAUCAAUGACCUUCAUUGACUUUUCUUGUGCCGUUCGGACACCAAAGUUAGCUGUUCCGGAAAAAUUUGCACCCACGUCGAGUGAGCGUGGCUGGUUUAUCCCUCCAUUUGGGAAGAAUCCCAUUUGGAGCAUUUUUGCAGCAUCAAUUCCUGCACUGCUGGCGACAAUUCUAAUCUUCAUGGAUCAACAGAUCACGGCUGUCAUUGUGAAUCGAAAAGAUCACAAGCUAAAGAAAGGAUGCGGGUAUCACUUGGACCUUUUCGUGCUCGCAAUUCUCAUCACGCUGGGUUCAUUCUUUGGCCUCCCUUGGUUCGUUGCAGCAACGGUGGAAAGCUUAACCAACGUGAGUUCAUUGAAAAUGGAAUCCGAAUCGGCUGCUCCAGGAGAAAAACCAACGUUUCUGGGGGUGCGGGAACAACGAGUGUCCAAUUUAUUGGUCUUUAUCACGGUGGGGUUAUCUGUUUUUCUGACGCCUGUCCUUUGCCAUGUCCCAAUGCCUGUCCUCUACGGCGUCUUUCUGUACAUGGGAUUCUCUGCCUUGCUAAGAAUGGAUCUUUUCCAACGAAUUCUACUUGUUUUCAUGCCAUUGAAAUACCAACCGGAUCGAGGUUACCUGCGCAGUGUCCCCUUGAGAAGAGUUCAUCUUUUUACACUGAUUCAAUUAUUGUGCUUGGUUUUGUUGUGGAUUAUCAAGAGCCUGAAACAGACUGCAAUUCUUUUUCCACUUAUGUUGGUUGUGAUGAUGUUGGUACGGAAACUCCUGGACUACGUUUUUACGCAAACGGAACUAUUAGCUUUAGACGAUGCUCUUCCAGGUAGCGGUAAAUGCAGUCAAGGUAGCGACCAUGAUGAAAAAGAUGGUCAAAAUUUACAAUGCGGAAGUAGAAGUACAAGUACAGAGUUUAAUGGAUGCCAAUACAAACCUGUGACAAGGGAAGUGGUAUGAAAAGUAAGUUCGAGGCAUAGAAAUUUAAAUGUAAAUAAUAUAUUCAAUAGACAUGUUUGAGGCAACAUUUUAUCAUUGAUUUUAUGUGGGUAUAAUAUGUAGACAAAUAUAUUAAAUAUGUAUGUGUCUGAAUAAUAAAUUGUGUACUCCUUGCUAUAACGGUAUGUAAGCCAGGAUACAUACAUGCGUUUAAC